UAGUUAAUAGUUAAUAGAAUGAGGCGAAGUUUUGCACCAAGUCGAAUAGUAAAGCAAGAAGUUGAAUAUUCAGAUGAAAAUAACAAGUCAACAUUGACUAAACGGAAAAGUGAAAAUGUACCAAACCAACAACCUUGUUUUAAAUGUACAAGAAGCCCAAUGGCAUCUUCAACACUUAAACUAUAUCGAUCGCCUUUUCGUGACCCUUUAGGAACCUUGUCAGUUAAUUCGAAUUGCAAUGAUGUCAGCACGUUUCCAGAUGCAAAUUCACAUGAAUCUUUUAUCAGAGGAAUUCUUUCUAAACCCUUCAAAAUUCCGAUACCCAACUACAAAGGACCAACAUUGGGAGGUAAACUUGGACUAAAAAGGCAGUUGCUUCGAAAACCAUUACAUGACCCAUUCGAUGAGAACGCUUUAGUAUUAUUCGAACCACCUGAACUUUCACCCCAUGAAGCCUUGAAAGCUGACAAGACCAAGCUCAAAGUGCAUGUAGUUGUUGAUCCUAUACUUUCAAAAGUGCUGAGACCUCAUCAACGUGAAGGAGUUAAAUUUCUUUAUGACUGUGUGACAGGGAAUCGACUGGAAAAUCUUCAUGGUUGCAUUAUGGCUGAUGAAAUGGGACUUGGAAAAACAUUGCAAUGUGUUACAUUGAUCUGGACAUUACUUAAGCAGAGUCCAGAUGUGACGCCUCAUAUUGAAAAAGCAAUUGUUGUAUCGCCUGCAAGUCUUGUGAAAAAUUGGUCAAACGAACUGAAGAAAUGGCUUGGGGAUAAAGUUUCAGGCAUUGCUAUCGAAUCUGGAAGCAAGAGUGAAAUAAGCAGAAAUUUAGAAAAUUUCAUGUCACAAAGUGGUCGUAGAGCAUUUGCUCCUGUUCUAUUUAUUUCCUAUGAAACCUUCAGAUUGCAUGUCAAUGUUCUUUGUAGAGGGCAGAUUGGUUUGCUAAUCUGUGAUGAAGGACACAGACUAAAGAAUUCGGAUAACCUAACGUACACUGCAUUGACCAGUAUCAAGUGUAAAAGAAGAGUUAUUCUAUCUGGAACUCCUAUUCAAAAUGAUUUGCUUGAAUACUUCAGUCUUGUACAUUUUGUUAACGAAGGUUUAUUGGGAACUGCUUCAGAGUUUAAGAAAAAAUUUGAGUUACCAAUACUUCGAGGCCGGGAUGCAGAUGCAAGUAAUAAACAUAAAGAACACGGCGAAGAAAAAUUGUUGGAACUUGUUGAUCUUGUUAAUAAAUGCAUCAUCAGGAGAACUUCAGAUAUUCUGUUCAAAUAUCUUCCAGUCAAAACAGAAAUAGUUCUCUGUUGUCCAUUAUCACCUCUUCAACUCAAACUUUAUAAUGCUUUGGUCAAAUCUUCAUCUAAACAAAUUGAUAACACCAGUAGUAAAAAGGGAAAUUCUAAUGGCCUGACAGCAAAAGGACUAACUGCCAUUAAUCAAUUAAAGAAGCUCUGCAAUCAUCCAUCCCUCAUUUAUGACAAAUGUUUGGAACGAGAGGAAGGAUACGAUGACAUGUUGAAACAUUUUCCACCAUCAUUUAAUAUUAGUACAGUACAGCCAGAAUUAUCAGGGAAACUUCUUCUUGUUGAUUAUCUUCUGGCGUUGACAAAAUCCAGAACGAGCGACAAGUUUGUUCUUGUGUCAAAUUAUACUCAAACGUUGGAUUUAUGUGAAAAACUUUUCAGACAAAGAAGAUAUCUCUAUGUGAGAUUAGAUGGAAGUAUGUCAAUUAAGAAGAGAUCUAAAGUUGUUGAUAAAUUCAAUGAUCCGUCAAGUCCAGAAUACAUUUUCAUGCUCAGCAGUAAAGCUGGAGGAUGUGGCCUGAACUUGAUCGGUGCCAAUCGAUUGAUCAUGUUUGACCCUGAUUGGAAUCCAGCCAAUGAUGACCAAGCAAUGGCUCGAGUAUGGAGAGAUGGACAGAAGAAACCGUGUUAUAUUUACAGACUUUUAGCCACAAGAACAAUUGAAGAAAAAAUAUUUCAACGUCAAACACACAAGAAAGCUCUUUCAUCAUGUGUUGUUGAUCAAGAAACAGAAGUAGAAAGACAUUUUUCUACUGGAGAGUUAAGAAAUUUAUUUCAACCUUUAUCAGAGGAUGGAAAGUCACUCACUGGAAGUGACACUCACGAUAGGUUGAGUUGUAAACGAUGUGUUAAUGGGAUACAAUCUCGACCACCUCCAUCAGAGUCGAACUGUAACUCCGAUCUUACUCUGUGGAAUCAUAGCAUUAACAGUAAAGAUAUUGAAGAUCAGAUUUUGAAACAAGCUUGGAAGCAAUCUGGGGUUACUUUUGCUUUCCACCAGAAGUCUCACGAGGAACAGAGAGGAACUAUCUGAUGAUUUGAUUCACUUAAAAAUCUUUCACUGCCAAGGAAAUUUAGUUUUGCAUUCCCCAAGCAUGAGCCAUAGAAGGUCCACACCUUCAUGUGUGUCAAUACUAAACGUUUUCUUGAGCAAGCAAUUCUUGUUUUUGCUGAUUGCAGCAAACUGACUCACCUACAUUUUUAGCAAUGUACCUUUUUCUGCAGUCUAGUCAUAGUAUAAUGCUACAUCUUGCUUGUUGCCAUACUCUUCUGACCUUCUGAAUAUAGCGCUAAAGUUUUCUACUUUAUAUCACUGUGAUAUUCUAUUCCAGGGGUGCACAGCUGAAAUGAGGAUCUUUGCCAAAGUUUUUAUAAUAUCUUGUCCUGUGCCACGUUCGAAUAAUUGUUGGUAUUGUAACGAACUUCCAUAAAACACAUAACAACAAACUUCGAUCUAAAAAAAAUUAAUUUAUUCAAACAAUUUAAUCCCCCGGGGAUGUUUUUGAAGGCGAUUCAAGGUUAUUCCGAUAUAAACUGGAGUUCUUAAGAUUUAUUAUAAUUAAAUGCAAGAAUUGAUGUUUUUCCAAACCAUCAGCGUGCUACGUUCGACUUUAUGGCGUGCCCCGUGUUGUGCACCCCUGGUUUAGUUCAUGUUACCUCUACCCUGCCGUUUUAUACACUUGUACUCGUUAAUAUUAUAAUAAAAAAAUUCUGCUUUCCUAUGGCGACAUAUGA